AUGUCGGACUUGAGCUGCCCCAAAGGCGGCAAUUUCUACAUCUGCGCCGGCAACGCGACGGAAUUUAUCGGCUGCUGUAAUUCGAACCCCUGUACGAACGGCGGGAAGUGCCCAUCAAAAGACCUAGUAGUAUCGUCUUUCAGUCUCGACGUUUACUCCGCCAUCAAACAACAAGACUGCGACGUCGCGGCAGGAAAGAAUGACUGGUACACAUGCAAAAACGAGGGAACGAACAGCUUUCCAUUCAUCGGAUGUUGCGCCUCGAAUCCAUGUGAAGAGCCGGACGGUCUCUGCCCAAAGAACAACCUGGUCCCAGCGAAGCUCAGCAGCGACCCCGUCAACAGAGCAUUCUUUGCUGAAAAAGUAUCAUCAACGACUCCCUCCCCGUCCGCGUCAUCGACUCCUGGAUCCAGUGGCGGUGGUCUUGCUACGGGAGCCAUUGUUGGCAUCGCGAUCGGAGCUGCCGUGGCCGUCGGUCUCAUCAUCGCCGUCAUCUGGAGGUGCGGAUGGCACGCAAGAAAGCGCAACGAGAGACGGCAACCGAAGUGGGAAGCCGCUACACAGGCCGGCCAUCCCGAGAUGGGUUUCGCGUCGACACCACAAAGCCCUUCGCCAUAUGAACCAUCACGCAGCCCUAUUCCCUACGACCCGGCACGUGAAUCAUACGCCACAACAGCCGUCCCGGGGUCAUAUGCGUCCUCUUCCCCGCCUCACUCGCCGUACUACCCCAUGAAGCAUAUGCAAUCGCCUCCCAUGGACGACCAUCGCAUGUCAACAUACACCGAUAGUAAUGUGAGCUCCAUGACCGGCCACGGUUACGCCAAACAUCCAUUAUACGCUGGCCCUCCGCCGGAACUUCAUCCUGUCAGCGAGUUGGACGGUGUCGAGCAUCCUCAUCCUAAACCAACAGCGCCUCCAGCUCCCCUGGCAGAGCUGGGAGAUGGUACUCCAGCAAACCCGAAGUAA